GUUAAUUAUCUGGAAAAUUUUUAAUCAAGCUAAAAAUAUAAAAUCCAGAUUUGUCUGAGAUUGGAAAAACUAUUUCGAAGAUUGGUCAAAUGUCAUGAUAACGUCUUUAAGAGUAAAAAAUUGCUGUUAAUUAAAUAUAAUUUAAUAUAAAGCAUAAUUAAUAAAUACAAAUUAACAAUUUGAAAACUAUGUCAAUUGCGAGAAUUUCGGGAUCAAAUUUAACGCCUAGUGGUAAGCUAUACGCUUACAUAUGUGAUAAAGGAAACCUAAGAAUCUGGGAUACAGACACUAACGAGAUAAAGCAAGAAUAUGAACCAAAUGAAUUUGAGGAAGGUUUGUGUUCUGCAUUUACUUGGUUGCCAUUUCAUGAAGAAGAACCCGACAAAAAAAUAGAAUUUAUAUUAAAAACAGAUGGAAGCUCGGAGGAGCACUUACAUAUGACCAUUGGCACCACCAAAGGAAAAUUGUUGUAUCUUUCACUGCCUGAAGGGAAAGUUUUACAGCCUUUUCGUGGUUGUGGACAUAUAACACAUAUAACAGCUAUGGUAUGUAAUGAUCUAGGUCAAUUGUUUACAUGCAGUUUAGAUUGUAGGGUAGCAUUAUGGUCAUUAAGAGAAAAGAAGCAGAUAUCUGUGCUGUAUGUUGGUCCAGAAACUCCAAAUUGCAUGGCUUUCAUUAGUCACUCAAAUAUAUUAAUAGUUGGUGGCCGUCAAAUUAAACUAUAUUCGGUAAAAAGUCAUCAACUUAUAGCAAGUUUUACAGGACAUGAAUCUGGUACGAGUUUACUGGAUUACAUUCUUGUUGACGGGCAUGAAUAUAUAAUUUCGUCUGCUAAAAACGAAAGCAUCAUUUGCCUUUGGAAGUGCAAUACAAAUAAAGAGGAAAAAUUACCAGUAAUGACAUAUCUAAUAGAUGAUAUAAUACAAUGUUUAUCUUGUCGAUGCGAUAAAAAUAGAUUUGUACAAAUAGGAGUUGUUACACGUAAAGGUGUAAUAAAUAUUUAUCAAUUACCAUUAAAAAGUUCAAAGUACAUUGAUUUCCUUCAAUCUUCUGCAACUAUCAGGAUAGUAUCAAAUAGUCCCGCAGUUGAUGAUGCAAUCCCAGCAGUUGUGAUAAAUUUGAAUUCUCGAAACAAGACAAAUGAAUUAUUUUUUGGAUAUGGAGAUCAACGUUUUUUGACUUUCGAGAGUCUCGAUUUAAAAGUAAAAAAUUUACAAAUAUUGCAACGAACAAAUCCCAAAAAAAUAGUAUCUUACAAAUUGGAUAAAGUUCCCAUUGAAACGCUAAGACUAUCAAAAAGGCUGAAAUCUGUUCUUCAAAUGAAUAUUUUAGAAAAUAAGUCGUGUAUGAAUAUAUCGUCUAAUAGAAAUCAACUUUUCGAUUUAAAAUUUAACUUAAGUAACCCACAUCAACCUAAAUCUGAGAGUAACGUUGAAUAUUUAAUACAUAUUUUGGAAAGCAAGAAUACUAAAUUACUUUCUUCAGUUUUGCUUACCAACGAUGAGAAAAUAACAUAUGCCACUUUAAAAGAAAUACCUUUAAAAUAUAUUGGAACUUUCAUAAAAGAAUUGACUUUAUUAAUGAAUUUUGAUCAAAAUUGUGCAAUAAAAUGGUUGAAAUCGAUCAUCAAAAUCCACUACAAUGAAUUGUCCAAAAUGAAGAAAAAAGAAUUAUUUAACAUUUUCGAAGAGUCUCUUGCCCAAAUGGAAUAUUGCUUCUCCAAUAUAACAGCAAUUGCAAAAAUAAUUUAUUGUCUUGAUUUAAUAAUAUAUCAAAACAAAUAUAAGUUGGAACAGAAAACAACCACAGUACCUUAUAUAUUUGUAAAGGACGAUUUUGUGAUUUACCAUGACAGAGCUUAGCUUUGUCGUAGGUGAUAGUAUCUAUAUAAAGGAAAUCAAGAUAUUAGGGCACCUAAAAUCAUUGUUAAAAUAAUAAUUCUACCACAUGUAUCAGCUAAACCAGUACAAAAAAAAAAUAUAUAUAUAAAUAACAUCAAUAUACCCUCUUUUUAUUAAACAUUUUCAAUUUUUAACAAUAAUUUUGUGAGUACAACAGCAUAUUUAAAUAACAUACACAUUAUUUGUGAACAAUGUUGAAACAACGUCAAAUUGUGCAUUAUUACAUUUUAAGGAUAUUCUAUUUUUAAUACAUAAAAUAUGUAAAUAAUUCAAUUACAAAUAAUAAAUUAUGACAUCAUAUAAUACGAGUAUUACCAAUUCUUUGUUGUGUGUAAACUUUAUUCAAAUUUACUUUAUAGCCUAUUUUCUAAAUUGAUAUAUAUUUCUAAUAAAAUGUUCAACAUUUUUUUA